CAUCCCAUCUUCCACGUGGUACGCAGGAGUAGUCUGCUGUCAGAAGACGAGUACACAUCUCCUCGGGUCACGUGACCGCUCCCAGCGUGCUCCGCGGCAGUGUCAUGGCGGCGCGCUGAAGGAGGAAAGCAGCACAUGUGUACAGGCAUCUGAGAAUUCCCAUCGAGACGUCAUCAACACUUCUACUGCCCCCAUCGGAAGUCUUCGUACCUGUGCCGUUCUUCACUCUUCUUACUGAAUGUCGACUGCUCUGGAACUAGAUGUGCUCAGGGGCUUUCAACCCUCACGACAAAAUCAUCCAUAUGAGACAGAAGGAAAUGCCGAAAUCAUUGCAGUAUUUAAUUUGCUAUUUGAAGGUAAUUAUGAGGGCAUAGUGCUGAGUCCAUUGAUGCAGAGGAUUUUCGAAACACCAGAACCAGAUGAAAAGCUAGACUCGUAUCUAGAAAGACAGAUUUCUGCCUUCCUGGACUCACCGGCAGAGCUGAACACCGACAGACAACUGCUGGUGUUCCUUUUGGGAGUUAGCAGCCUUCAUCUCUUUGUGCAGAGCAAUUGGACUGGACCCCCUGUGCUUUCAGAGCCUCACGAUUUUUUGCCCGCACUUCUGCUGGAACGCUUUACAGAGGAUAAAGCUCUGAGAGCUGCAAUUCUGGGCACGCUUGUUCUUGAUGGAGAAUCAGUCUACAGCUUGACAGCCAAUCCAAUCUUCUUACUUCUGGCCAGAGUAAUCCUUGUGAACCUCAGGAACAAGCUCAUAGCAUUCCAGAUGUUACCUUGGUGGACCCUAAGAUGUGUGAAUAUUCACCAACAGCUGUUGGAGGAGCGUUCUCCUGAGUUGUUCUCCAUUGCACAGACCAGCAUAGAUGCAGUCCCAAAAAUUGAAGACCUGUUUUUGGAAAAAGGAGGUCAAGACUUGCUCGUGCAGCUACAUCUUGAGUGUGGAUAUGUAUGUCUCUAUUUCUAUGACUACAAGAAAGCGAAGGAGCACCUUAACCGAGCAAGGAACGUGGCCAAGCUUCAAGUUAAUUUGACUGGUGCUUUGGGAAAACGGACCCGCUUUCAGGAAAACGACUUGGCUCAACUUGUUUUAGAUGUGCAAAGGGAAGGAGAUUCCUUGUUACGCAAUGGACUGACGCCCGCUCCAACCCCUGUAGACAACCUGCCUAAGAACCAUGAGUUACAGGAUGACACGGUCCUUAAUAAAAUCAAGUUAGCAGAUCCAGAUCAGUUCCAGAUGCCUGAUCUGUGUGCGGAAGAGCUGGCUCUGAUUCUUGGGGUUUGCAUUGAUUUACAGAAGAAUAACCCAGUGCACAAGCUGACAGAAGAAGAGCUGCUAGCCUUCACAUCAUGUUUACUUUCGCAACCCAAAUUUUGGGCCAUCCAGACCUCUGCAUUAAUUUUGAGGACCAAAUUAGAGAAGGGAAGUUCUCGGCGAGUGGAACGAGCAAUGAUGCAGACGCAGGCUUUAGCCGACCAGUUUGAAGAAAAGAGCCCACCAGUCACUGAGCGCAUGAAAGUUUUCUUUUGCUCUAAGAUGCCCCCAAUCUGGGAUAUUCAACGACAACUUGCAGGUUUACUAUUUGAACUGGGAUGCACCAGUUCUGCUCUGCAAAUUUUUGAGAAGCUGGAAAUGUGGGAAGAUGUUGUUAUUUGUUAUGAACGAAGUGGACAACAUGGAAAGUCUGAGCAAAUUCUGAGACAGGAAUUAGAAAAAGAGGAGACACCACACCUUUACUGCCUCCUUGGAGAUGUUCUGCGGGACCAUCAGUAUUAUGACAGAGCAUGGGAAAUGUCAAAACAUCGCAGUGCCCGUGCUCAACGAUCCAAAGGACUUCUCCAUCUGCGGAAUCGCGAAUUCCAGCAGUGUAUAGAAUGCUUUGAAAAAUCUGUGGCAGUUAACCCAAUGCAGCUUGGAGUUUGGUUUUCACUGGGCUGCGCCUAUAUCACCCUACAAGGAUAUGAAGGGGCUGCAAGAGCUUUUCAACGUUGUGUUACCCUGGAGCCUGAUAAUGCUGAAGCCUGGAACAAUUUGUCGUCUGCAUACAUCAGAUUAAGACAGAAGCACAAGGCUUUCCGAACACUUCAAGAAGCCAUCAAGUGCAACUUUGAGCAUUGGCAGAUAUGGGAGAACUUUCUGUUAACCAGCACAGAUGUGGGAGAGUUUGCAGAAGCAAUUAAAGCUUACCAUAGACUAAUGGACCUUCGAGACAAAUAUAAAGAUGUGCAGGUCCUGAGGAUAUUGGUAAGAGCAGUAGUGGAAGGAACUGAGGAUCGUAAAGGGGAAUCCACAAGUAACCUGAAGACCAAGUUACAGGAACUGUUUGGAAGAAUAACAGCACAGGACUCUAGUGAUGCUGAUAUUUGGAAAGCAUACGCCAAACUGUAUGGGAAUGGGAAAAGUGAAAAAGCUGAAGAGAAUGAAAAGGCUUUACAGUUCCUAACAAAGGCUCAUAAAUGUGAUACUCAGAAAAGUGGCUGGGAAAAUGACAUUUCAGCAUUCAAGGAAAUAAUUAGAGGGGCAAUUGACCUUGCUAAUGUGGCAAUAAAAUGCAGCAAAAAUAAGUCUAACCCACAGGAAGCUGUGCAGAUGUUGUCCUCAGCUCGUCUUAAUCUACGUGGGCUGUCUUCAAAAGCAAAGCAACUUUUCACAGAUGUGGCAACUGGUGAAGUAUCUUCAGAAUUAGCAGAUGACGUGAAAGCGAUGGACGGUCUUAUCACAGAGAUGCAAGAGAGCAGCAAUCAGCUGCGGAAUCAAUACUGAGCGAGAUUCAGGACAAGGAAACCUAUUGUAGAAUAAAUGUUUUCUUUAUAAGAA